GGAUCUGUCAUUAGGCCGGCGACUCAGAUGAGAUUCACUAUCAUGGGCAUCGAGCACUCCAUCACUGUGGCUGAGCUCGGAUGGAGGAUUGGGCUCUAUGCUCCUGCAUAUACACAGACAGACGAGUUCUGUGCUCUCCCGACACGUUUACCUGAGGCAUUUGAUAUUGAUGAGUUCUGGCACAAGCACUCCACAGACACCAGACCGUUCCUCCGCAUGCACCCCCAGUCGAGCCGGUGGAGGCAGACUCACUGGUAUAUACUCUCCUUUGUACUCUCUUGUGGUUUUUUUUGGACGACCUAACAACACGAACAGGUUGUCCAAAAAGGACAUCCUAUUCUUUUGGAGUCUGGUUCACCGCACCCCGGUGAAUAUGGCAGUCCUCUUGGCUCGUUUCUUCCGGAGUCAGGGGAAGAGUGUUCGCCGCACGAUCCAGGCAGGGCCCUUCGUCACUACUCUCGUCCGGUCUUUCUAUCCUGACCUAGACAUUCCAGAUCUACUCCCACUACAGGAUAGCAUUCGCAUUCUUAGAUCCUCAUCCUUUGGGAACAUGAGGAUCAAGAAGAAGCGAAAUACUCAGGAGCUACCGGGCAUUGAGCAG